CCUCUUUUCACUUGAAAAAUAUAAAACAACGUGCGUUUUCAAGUCUCAUAUCACUUUUUCUAUAACCGUCAAAUUUUUGGAUUGUUUAUAAAUAGUGCAAAAAGUGAUAUAAGUAAAACAGAUAUUUUAAAAGAAUUUAAUGAGAUUUGGUUGGCUUUGGGGGAAUUUGGGAUUGAUUGUUUUUGUUAUUUGACGUUUGUAGUAAAGUGAGGUUAAAAGUUAGUUUUUGUUAUAUUUUGUAUUGAACUAGUUUGUUUAUUUAUAAAAAAAAAAUUGUGUAAAUGAGUACCGAAGACAUGGAUAAAUCUCAACUUGCAGCCGUUCUGCAAAUUCUGAAAAAAUACAAUUUGAAGAGCACUGAGGAACUGCUAAGAAAAGAGGCUAAUCUUGGUAAUAAUAUAGCUGAUGGUCCUUUGCAACAAAAUUCAGACGUUAGUAGCGUUUUAACGGGGUACAAAAGUGACGGUGAUCCAGAAACCUAUGAAGAUUCAUACAUGGAAUUGAAACGUUUUGUGGAGGGCUCCCUUGAUAUUUACAAACACGAGUUAGGCAUGAUUUUGUACCCAGUUUUAGUCCACAUGUAUUUGGAACUAGUUUAUAAUGGACAUACAGAAAAAGCGAUAAAUUUGAUGAAAAAAUUUGGCCCUGAACAAGACUCAUACUAUCAAGAGGAUCUUAGGAAGUUAUCUUUAGUUACAAAACGAGAUCAUAUGAACGGAAAUGAAUUGACAGAUACCUUUAAAUCAAACCAAUUCAUUAUUAGAAUGUCGCGUGACACUUUGUCACUUUUAAAACGUCAUUUAAACGAUAAAAAAGCUUCAGUUUUAUUAAACAUAAUUCAGGAACAUCUUUACUUUGAUAUGUAUGAAGGCGUAGCGAGAAACAAAAGCCAAAUUGAUGCUACUUCAGGUGCCGUAGGGGGUGAAGCAAAACGCCAAGAUAAUAAAACCAAAGUCUAUUACGGCAUCCCUAAAGCCCCCGACAUUCAAGCACUAGCAGCUCCUGUCGAAGAUGAGGAAGAGGGUGGCGAUCAGGAUAAUCCUGACAAACCGAAGAAAAAGAAAGCCAAAAAAGACCCACUUUUCUCAAAGAAAACAAAAAAUGACCCUAACGCCCCACCUCCUGACAGAAUUCCUGUCCCAGACCUGAGAGACAAUGAUAAAUACGAAAAAGUAAAAGCGUAUAGAGAAGCGUCAAAAAGAGUUACUUUAGGACCAGAUUACCUUCCUUCAGUUUGUUGUUACACUCUAUUAAAUGCCAAUCACACGGUCAACUGUGCUGAAAUAACUGAAGAUUCAAGUAUGUUAGCUGUGGGAUUUAGCGAUUCCAUUGUCAAAGUCUGGACACUUGUACCUCAAAAAUUGAAAGCUAUGAAAAGUGCUGAGCAGCUGGAGGAUGUCAAUGUUGAGGCCGAGGAUGUCUUGGUGAGAAUGAUGGAUGAAAGGUCCGGUGAAACUUCCAGGUCGCUUUAUGGUCAUUCUGGGCCUGUUUAUGCGGUAUCAUUUUCACCAGACAGGACUCUACUCCUCAGUUGUUCUGAAGACACCACAAUAAGAUUAUGGUCGUUGCAAAUAUGGACUUGUCUGGUCGUUUACAAGGGUCAUAUGUUCCCCGUUUGGGACGUCAAGUUUUCUCCUUUGGGUUAUUACUUCGCUUCAGCUUCAUAUGACCGCACUGCGCGACUUUGGGCCACAGACCAUUAUCAACCUUUGCGAUUAUUCGCCGGUCAUUUCUCCGACGUCGAUUGCGUCCAGUUUCAUCCGAAUUCUAAUUACGUUGCUACCGGCUCCAGCGACCGCCGCGUCUGUUUGUGGGAUUGCACGACGGGAAAUCAUGUCCGACUUAUGACUGGCCAUAAAUCUCCCAUAAUGUCUUUGGCUUUCAGCGUGUGUGGGCGGUUUUUAGCAUCCGCGGGGGUGGAUUGUAAAGUGUUAGUUUGGGACUUGUCCCAUGGACACUUGGUUGCAGAACUCACCGGUCAUGAAAAACCCAUCCACGCACUUGCUUUCAGCAGAUGCGGGAAUAUUCUGGUUUCAGGAGGGUUGGACUGUAUGCUCAAAGUUUGGGAUUUUACAAAACUGACAGAGGAAAUCAGUUCAGAGGAGGUUAAUGUGUCGCAUAAUCCCGAUGUGAGGAUCGGAGAUGACUAUUUAUUGAGAAGUUUCGCGACGAAGAAUUCGCCAUUGAUCAGUCUUCACUUUACAAGGAGGAAUCUAUUAUUGGCAGUUAGCAUGUUUGACGGCGUUAGCACUUAGUUUAUUGUACGGCGAAGAUUUAUUACAUUUACUUUGAUAAAAAAUAAAUUUUAUAAACGAA